AUGAGUUUUCCCCUUCCAGAGCAACUGAGCUUCAAUUUCUCACCCAAGCUCAAAAUGAACGGCGAUACCUAUUCUUCCAGAGAUACUGGCCGUUCGCGCGAGCACUUCCGCGACGAGCGACGAGACCGAGACCGAGGCGACCGACCUGAACGUGGUGACCGACCUGAGCGGGGAGAGAGGCGACGAUCUCGUUCGCCCCACCAUGGAUCUCGCGGUGAUUCUCGCCGUGAGCGCGAGGUGAAUUCCUACUCAUCAAGUCGCGAUUAUCGCGCCCGCGAACGUGAGGACCGUUACUCUGGCCGUCGUGAUGAUCGGGACUGGGACCGCGGUGACCGCGGCGAGCGUGGAGAACGUGGCGAGCGAGGAGGCGAAAGAGGCGACCGCCGACGUCGUGAUUUCGAUGACAGACCCCGUCGGGACUUGUUUGACGAUCGUCGAGGUGGUGGUGGUCGUGGCGGUGAUCGUGGGGAGCGCGGUGACCGUGGAGACCGUGGAGAUCGUGACAGACGCGAGCGCAAGCGCAGUGCUACGCCCCCGCGCCGCAAGGAACCUACUCCCGACUUGACCGACGUACCUUCUCUUUUGACCCGCCAGCGCCGGUUGACUCAGUGGGAUAUGAAGCCUCCUGGGUACGAGAAUGUUACUGCUGAGCAAGCAAAGAUCUCAGGAAUGUUCCCUCUUCCCGGAGCUCCUCGCCAGCAGCCCAUGGAUCCCAGCCGCAUGAAGGACUUCUUGAACCCUCCCACCGGUGAAUCCGAGAACGCCGCCCUCAAGCCCUCCAACUCCCGCCAGUCCAAGCGUCUUUUCGUUUACAACCUUCCCUCCGGCGCCACCAGCGGUGCCGUGAUCGCCUUCUUCAAUCUUCAGUUGAAUGGCCUCAAUGUUAUCCGCAGCGCCGAUCCUUGUAUCUCAGCCCAAGUUUCCGAAGAUAAGGCAUUCGCCCUGCUCGAGUUCAAGGAUGCAAACGAUGCCACUGUCGCUUUGGCCUUCGAUGGAAUCAACAUGAUCAACGGCUCAGAGAAGGGAUUGGAGGUGCGCCGACCCAAGGACUACAUUGUUCCCAAUGGCAGUGCAGACCAGCAAGUCCAGGAGGGUGUGGUCUUGAGCGAGGUGCCCGAUUCACCCAACAAGAUCUGUGUCUCUAAUAUCCCCGCCUAUAUUCCCGAGGAACCCGUCACAAUGCUGCUCAAGUCAUUUGGCGAGCUUAAGUCAUUUGUUCUUGUCAAGGACGCCUCCACCGAGGAAUCUCGGGGAAUUGCUUUCUGUGAAUAUGCCGACCCAGCCGCCACCCCCAUUGCCGUCGAAGGACUGAACGGCAUGGAGCUUGGUGACCGCCACCUCAAGGUUGUGCGUGCCAGUAUUGGUACCACACAGGCUUCUGGCUUGGACAUGGGCGUCAACGCCAUGCAGAUGUUCGCCAAGACCACCUCUUCGGAUCUCGAGACCACUCGCGUCUUGCAGCUUCUCAACAUGGUCACUCUGGACGAGCUUCUUAACGACGAGGACUACGAAGAAAUUAUGGAAGACGUGGGUGAGGAAUGUGCCAAGUUUGGCCCAAUCCUUGCAAUGAAGAUUCCCCGCCGUGGCCACGGUGCCGGCAAGAUCUAUAUCAAGUAUGACAAUCCCGAGUCAGCUGCGACUGCCCUCAAGGCGUUGGCUGGACGAAAGUUCUCAGACCGUACAGUUGUUGCCUCGUACUUCGGGGAAGAGAACUUUGAUACCGAGGCCUGGUAA